UCUGUGUAUUUAGUCUAGGGUUUGAUUUGGAGAGAAGUCUUUGAAUAAACGUGGUAAUUACAGUGCGAAGCUACACCGUAUAGUGGGGACAUAGUCCAAUGAGAGGAUCAUCGGUAUCAGCUCCACCCAUAACAGAGUAAAUGAAACUUAGAUUCACUUUGUCGAUCUGAUCGGGAUGUCAUUACAUUAAAGGUUGGGAUCUGUACUGACGAGCACAAAAUAACGCAAAGUCAGACGAACUUUAUUUUGGUGAGUCUUGACAUGUAAACUAGCAGGGAUGGCUGAGAAAUUACUUUAAUAAUUGUCUGCAUGUAAUAAAAUAGCAAGUGCAUUACUAUCAGCUCCACCCCUAACAGAGUAAAUGAAACUUGGCUCUGUCGUUCACAAUACGGACGCCAUUACGUUAAACCCUGCGCUCUGGACCGAAGAACACGAUUUGGCGGAAUUAUAAGUGAAACUGGUCGUAUUUCGGUGAGUCUUCUGAUAAAAAAAAAAAAAUCCUUGAAAAAUGGCGGAGAAAGACACACUUGUUGAAAACUACCUGAGCUGCCAUGUAUGUUCAGAGACUUUCAGAGAUCCUGUGUCUCUGAGCUGCAGCCACAACUUCUGUUCAAGCUGCCUGCAGAAAUUCUGGGAACAAACUGAAAACAAAAACUGUCCCAUUUGUAAAAGGAAAUCUUCAAAGAAUGAACCAUCUAUAAACGUUUCUCUCAGAGAACUUGCUGACUCCUUUGCUAAGAGGCAGAGUGAGAGCUCACCUGAGACAGAAAAAGAAAAGGAGAAAGAGAAGGAGGAGGUGGUGUGUGAUAAACAUCCAGACGUCCCUUACUGGUACUGUGAGGAUGAAGACAGAGCUGUGUGUCCUGUGUGUGAGUUUUCUCUCCACCAGAGUCACAAAGUGGUUCCUGUAGAAGAAGCAGUCAGUGACCUGAAGGAGCAGCUGAAAUCUGACUUAAAGUCUCUGCAGGACAAGAGGAACAAAUACAAACAAGUGGAGGAAACAUACAAUGAAGUGAGGGAACACAUGAAGAAGCAGCUGUUGUCCACAGAGAGGCAGAUCAGAGCAGAGUUCAACAAGCUCCAGCAGUUCCUGAAAGAGGAAGAGGAGUCCAGACUGGCAGCUCUGAGGGAGGAAGAGGAGCAGAAGGGGAGGACUAUCAGCAGAGAGAUGAAGAUGAUUGAGGAGCAGAUCUCCUCUCUGUCAGACAGCAUCUCUGCUGUUGAAGAAGAGCUGCAGAAACACAGCGUGCCAUUCCUCAGCAGUUAUAAAGACACUCAGAGCAGAGCCAGAGCCCAGAGCUCAGUGUCAGAUCCACAGCUGGUCUCAGGAGCACUGAUAGAUGUGGCCAAACACCUGGGCAACCUGUCCUUCAGAGUGUGGGAGAAGAUGAAGGAGAAGGUCCACUUCAGUCCUGUCAUUCUGGACCCAAACACUGCAAACCGCUGGCUCUAUCUGUCUGAUGAUCUGACCAGUGUGAGACAUAGAGAUACAAAGCAUGAGCUUCCUGAUAAUCCAGAGAGAAACACUUAUUCUGCCACUGUUUUUGGCUCUGAGGGUUUCAGGUCAGGGAAACACAGCUGGGAGGUGGAGGUGGGAGACCAUCCUUGGUGGACUGUGGGUUUAGUUAAAGAGUCAGUUGACAAAAAUGAGCCAUCUGUUUCACCAACAUGUGGAUUCUGGUGUUUAACACAUUACAGUGGAGAAUACAUUGAUGGUGAUGAUCAGUCUCUACAAGUGAAGAAGAGUCUCCAGAGGAUCAGAGUCCAGCUGGACUAUGACAGGGGGGAGGUGUCCUUCUAUGACCCUGAAGACAUGACUCAGAUCUGCACUCACAGAGACACUUUCACUGAGAAACUCUUCCCAUUUUUUAACAUUGGAGAGGCAGGAGACGCCAAAACCUCUGAUAUCAAAAUAUGUGUGUCUGAGAUUUCCUUGGAAAGUGUAAGGAGGUCUCUGUGAGUUUUUUGGUUUUCUUUUUUUUUCUCUCAAGCUUUCUCGUCUUUAUUACAGCUUGUUUCUUGGCUGUUUGUUUUUUGCUUC